GUGGAGGCCUUCCUCGCUGAGUGCCUUGCUUUGCUGCCUGAGGUUCCAAAGGAAGUGGUCGCAGUGGGUCACUCCCUGGGCGGCGGCGUCCUCUUAACCACGCAAGCUUUCGCUGAGCGACAGCGAUUUUCCCGCAUGCUUAUCUUCGAGCCCAUGUGGCUCUUCGUCGAGCCGCCUCUAUGGAAGCUGAUCAACUUACCUCCCCUGCCUCCGGAGACUACGAAGCUGGAGCCGCCAGUGGUGGCUCAAACUCUCCGUCGGCGAAGUGAAUGGCCAAGCCGUGCUGCUGCGCACGCGGAUCUGUCCAAGAAGGCCUUCUUUGCUUCCUGGGACCGGCGAGUCUUCGAAGCGUAUUUACAAGGCGGCCUGAAAGGCCAGGAGCCAUGUUCGCUGGCAUGCUCGCCGCAGACCGAGGCAACGAUCUUCCUAAGUGGCGUUCCAAAGCCUCUUCUCUCGGCCCUUCGGCGGAGCGAUGGCCUCUUCGGUUGUGAGCUACAUGUCUGCAUUGGCACCAACACGAUGUGGACCCGAGUCGCUGCGGACACACUUUUCGGCUCCCUUCGCCCCGCUGCGCGUGUGGAGGUCGAGCCCGGUGGCCAUAUGUGGCCCAUGGAGUGUCCCAAGGACUUCGCUCACCGCGCCUCGACGAUGCUCUCGAACCGGAGCCGUCUUUGA